GUUUGGAAAGCCCGGGCGCUCUAUUUAUCUCUCUCCGGGUCACACUUUUUCCCUCCCCCCUCCCCAAAACCCUUGUCCUCUCUUCCUCUUUUCAGGAACAAGAAUGGCUGAUGAAAAGGUAAAGCCGGUGAAGAAGGAAGAGGAGGAAGUGGACGACGACGAUGAUAAUAUCCCCAUCGCCGCUUCCAGGGCGAAGCCCGUAAAGAAAGAAGAACCCAAAGAGGAGAAGGACGACGACGAUCAUCUCCCUCUUGUCCUCUCCAAGAACAAGAAGAGGAAACCCGAUGCGCCCUCGAAGCCCAAGAAAGGAAAGCUGGACGGAGAGGAGGAUCAGAAGAUAAAGAAGAAGGGCGUGGGGAAGAGUAAUGCAGCACGUUCUAAAGCUAAGAAAGAAGAUUUAGAAGAACAAGACGAGAAGGCGGAUAAGAAGAAGAAGAAGAAAAAGAAGAAGGUAGAGGAGCAGAAGGUGGUCGGGAAGAAGGGCAGGGGGGCUACUUCUUCUUGGAAGGAGAAGAAGGUGUAUGAUUUGCCGGGUCAGAAGCACGACCCACCGGAGGAACGUGACCCGUUGAGGAUUUUCUAUGAGACGCUGUACCAGCAGGUGCCCAACAGCGAGAUGGCCGCAUUCUG